AAUUAAAGGUAGUAUUUACAUUAAGAGUGAGCCAAAAACCUAUUAAUCACAUAUGACAUAAUAUCUAAAUUUUAAUGUGCCUGAGGCGAAUUUUCUAGUGACUUUGAUAUCACAGCUGACCAAUUCAGCGAAACUUUCUGCUUUCUCUCUCUCUCUCUCAGUUUGAGAGUAAGAUAAGAAAGUAAGAGUAAUGCUUACUAUCAUAACCAUUUUGUCAUCGCUGCUUAAAAAAUAUGUAUGAAGCCCGAAGCGAUUAUUAUGAUGAAAGUCAUAAAGAUUGCAAUCACCCUCUUCGGUUGAUGUUAGUUAUUCCGUGUCCUCAAGAAAAAUUAUGAGACAGAAAGGGAAAUCCGUAUGGCGCUGGCCGGAUUAUGAAGAUUUCCCUUUAGUUACUUUUAGCUUCGUGUGGAAAGUAUUGUGAUUUCCUGAUGCAGCUUCUUAUCGCCGAAGCCAGUUUAGUUUAGAGCCAAUCUCACCGCUGUUCGCCUUUACAUUAAUCUUCCGUCUCUGUCCUAUGAUUUUUACUGAAUGUCCUCACCUGAGCGAAAGACCGAGCUGUAACCACAAGAAAACACAGCAAGUAAAACAUCGACUUUGCUCUUUCACCGGGAAAAUUCAAUUAGUGUCGACCUUAUCAUUAUUGUUCGGGCUGUUGGAACUUAUUUGCAUAGCUGUCAACAAACUACAUAUUCCGCGACUUCUAAGGUAAAACACAACCAAACCCCCGCUGUAGCGGAGAAGUGGUAGCUGAAGAUACACAAUGUCUUCUAUAUCAAAUAAUAGCUCAAUGACAAACACAAGCGCGCCACAGGAUUCUUCAAACCAGUCAGGCCGCUCCACUGUAGAUGUCGACAUGGCCUUCUUCUGGUUAAUAAUCAUAGUUGGUGUUGUAGGCAACUCGCUUGUCAUAACUGUGGUCAAAAUGAUACGCAGUAUGCGAACAGCUACCAAUUACCUCCUGGUAAAUGUGGCAGCCGCCGAUGUUACUACGUUAGUGUUCACGGCAAUCCAUUUUCUCAUUAGAAAAAUCCAUCCCACUUCACCGAAGGCACUUCUCAGUUUUCUUUGCGCGUUCAUUAAUAACAACACUAUCGUCAUAGUAACACUCUUAGUGACGUCAUUGACCAUGACUCUCCUAGCCUUUGAAAGGUACCACGCUCUGGUGAAACCGCUUAUCAACUCCGGCAGGCUCACUAAUGGCAACAUUGCUUACGUCAUCACUGCCAUUUGGGUCGUUGCCAUAGCGAUGGUGACGCCGCUGUUUGCAGGCUUCUCUUAUGAUUCAACAGCGGGUACUUGCCAUGCAGAUUUAGAAGAAUUGGCAAUCUACGUCAGUUGUCUUUUUAUUGUUCUGACUUUUAUUCCGUUCAUCAUUAUCGCCUAUUGUUAUUCCCAAAUUGUAUACGGCCUUUACGUCAAGAAGACAAUUUGCAGCAACAAAAGUGAAAGAGCAGAAACCCCAGAAGAAGCAAGAGAAAAGAGAAGAUUGGUGAUCCUGCUGAUCUUGUUAAGUGUGGUGUUCUUCACAGCUUUCGUCCCUUACGGUCUUUUGAUCAUACUGAAUUUUAACAGGAUGAAUAUUGCGUAUCUAACAGGCCUCCGGCACGUUGCACAGUAUCUUACGCUUCUCAGUUGUUCAGUAAACCCGUUUAUCUACGCUUUUCAAAGCUCAAGUUACAGACACAGUUUUAAUUUCCUU